AUGGCAGGAGCUGCAGCACGGGCCUCUCCUCCAACACCUCGACAAUGGAGGAGCCAUGACCCCACCACCGUCGCCCCCGUCAUGCCGCCGCUCCUCCUGCUCCUCCUCGCCGCCCUCGCGCUCGCCCUCGCCCCGGCCCUCCCCCACGCCGCCGCCGGAGGGGGCGCCAGGUUCUACGACCCGGCGCGGGUCACCCAGAUCUCAUGGCGCCCCAGGGCGUUCCUGUACAGCGGCUUCCUCUCGCACGCCGAGUGCGACCACCUCAUCAAGCUGGCCAAGGGGAGGCUGGAGAAGUCGAUGGUGGCCGACAAUGAGUCCGGGAAGAGUGUCAUGAGCCAGGUGCGCACAAGCUCCGGCACCUUCUUGUCCAAGCGCGAGGAUGAAAUUAUCUCUGGAAUUGAAAAGUGUGUAGCUGCUUGGACGUUUCUCCCUGAAGAAAAUGCCGAGUCGAUGCAGGUUCUGCAUUAUGAAGUUGGUCAGAAGUAUGAUGCCCACUUCAAUUAUUUUAGUGACAAAAAGAACGUGAAGCGUGGUGGUCAUUGA